GCUUGAACUCCUGACCUCAGGUGAUCCACCGUCUCGGCCUCCCAAGGUGCUGGGAUUACAGGCAUGAGCCACUGUGCCCAGCCACAUUCUUUAAAUCUUGAAACCCUUUAUUUCAAUGUGUCUAAUAAUACUUGUGUCCGUGAGUUCUCAGGUUUGUUUUGAUCUCACAGGUCCACCAAAGAGUGAGAAAGCAGCCCUGUGCUAGUUGCUCUGCAGCCUUUCCCGAGCGAAGUGUCACCAGAAUAUUACAGCCCCACAGGCUCUGCUUCACAGAAACUUGAGGCUGAAAGCGGGUCCACCAUCAGGGACAUCCUCUGUCCCUGAUGAGAACAUGGCAGGUUGCUUUUCUAAGGGAUUCUUGGGCCUUUGUAUGUCCAUAUAAACUUACAAGCAGUCUGACAACCUCCCUACCAAAAAACCUAAAAAUCAAAAAUCUUCUAGACUUUGAAACAGCACAAAUGAUCAGUUUGGGGAACAUUAACGUUACAAUAUCAAGUCUUAUAAACCAUGAACAUAAUAUAUCCCUCCAAUAUCUAGAUUAUUUUAUACACAUAGUAGUCCACAUUUUCUGAGCAUUUGUUACAUGCCGGGCACCAUUAGGACUUUACAUAAAUUAUUUCAUUCAAUCUUCACAAUAAUGUUGAGAAGGAAGCUCUAGUAUUUCCAUUUCAUGGAUGGAGAAACUGUAGCUUAGCAAGAUGGCCAGAGGCCACGGUUAAGAAGAGGUGAGGAUCAGGCACUCUGCCUGCAAGAGUCUGCAGUCUUCACCACGUUGUGACAUGACCUUCCUGAGCUGAGGGCUGCAGGAGCAAUGGGUCUAUGGAUGGAGUUAUUUGCGGGGAGGCAGACUUGGAGGAAAAGUCUCCCAAGAUUUCCUGUAUGUUCUCUCUCUCUACUGUUCAGCUUCUAUCUGGAUACAUAAUUAUUUGUCCAAAUAGCAACUGUCCUUCUUCUGCCAUUUCAGGCCUUACACAGGAAGCCCUUCUAAAGAGCUGCCUGCCAGCUGCCCUUCCCCAGAUCCCAAAUAUCCUCCUGGCCAGGCGGAGCAGAGAACAGCCCCUCAGCUGGUCAUGCUGAGCUCAUACCCUGUAAGUCUGACCCCACUACAGGGCUCCGGCUUUAUCUAGAACCCAGCUCCAAUCACAGUCAUGUCUGUCCCUCAUCUCAUGAGGAAUGAAGGACCCACUUAGAGAGGAAGCCUCUAUUCAGGCAUUAGGAGAGAAGCAGAACUUCCCAGAGCUCAUCCCGGGGGAAUGAGAGCAGGACUGGUUCAGGCAGACCCUGCUGAAGAAGCCCAAGAAGAUGCCCGACUCCUCAGAAAGUGCGCCCAGUGAUGCUUCACAGCCUACCUCACAGGACAGCCCCAUACCCCCAAGCCACAGCUCAGUCACAUCUCCCAGCCUGCCACCCUCGCAAGCGAGUGACAGUGGCAGUAUUCGCUGGAGCAAAGACUAUGACGUCUGUGUGUGCCACAGUGAAGAAGACCUGGUGGCCGCCCAGGACCUGGUCUCCUACCUGGAAGGCAGCACUGCCAGGCUGCGCUGCUUCCUGCAGCUCCGGGAUGCAACCCCAGGCGGUGCCAUCGUGUCUGAACUGUGCCAGGCACUGAGCAGUAGUCACUGCCGCGUGCUGCUCAUCACCCCAGGCUUCCUUCAAGACCCCUGGUGCAAGUACCAGAUGCUGCAGGCCCUGACCGAUGCCCCAGGGGCCGAGGGCAGAACCAUCCCUCUGCUGUCGGGCCUCAGCAGAGCUGCCUACCCACCUGAGCUCCGAUUCAUGUACUACGUGGAUGGCAGGGGCCCUGAUGGUGGCUUUCACCAAGUCAAAGAAGCUGUCAUGCGUUGUAAGCUACUACAGGAGGGAGAAGGGGAAUGGGAUUCGGCUACAGUAUCUGAUCUACUUUGGCUUUUAGGAGACAGCCCUGUAGCCUAGUAGUUCAAAGUGCAGCCUCUGGAAAAGGCUGUCUGGGUUUGUAUCCUGGGUCCUGCACUUAUUAACCCAUAAAAAGCAACCUGGGCAAGUUACUUACCCCCCUGUGCCUUGGUUUCCUCACUGAUCACCAGGUUUCCAUUGCUAUGAAAUGAGAACAGUACUAAGGGUUCAGAACAUGGCCUAGCAUAAUUCAUAACAGGCAGAGCCUAGCACAUAUGAGGUCCUCAAUAAGUAUUAGCUAGUAGUAGUAAUGGUAAUAGCAUUAGGUUUCUCUGAGAUCAGGUUAGAGAUGUCCACCAAGAGCUGGGAAGGUGCCAGGAGGGGCACUGGUUUAGUAAGGCAAAAUGAUGCAGAAUAAUAGGCAAGAAGUGCAUUUAAGUGUUUCCGGGGGGUGGGGGGCUGUAUGCUAUUGAAGUAGAUUUGGAAGUCUGGUAAUAGAUAAAAAGUUAGAAGAGGCAGGACCUAUUGGGAAAAACAGAGAUGCUGGGUUUGGGAAGGGUAACAACCCUGUGAUUGGUCUCUUUCAGAUCUGCAGACACUCAGUUGACACUUUUAUAUCAUGGGACCCCGGAAAUUGGAGUAAAGCUGGAACUAGAAAACCCAUACAGGGCCUCGGAUUCCCAUAGAUGUGACAAGAUGUAUAGGGAGUGAGUCUGCAGCACUCCGCCCGUGACCCUGGGAUCAGAGCACCCAUCAGGCUUCCAUUACUGUGGGCUCCCUAAGAAGACCAGGGAGAGGUUGGGGACUCCCCCAGGAAGGCCUUGAAGCGGGGGACUCCCCCUAAGAAAGCCAUGAGGAAGCUGGGGACUCCCCAAGAAGGCGAUGAGGAAGCCAGAAAUUGAAGGUGGUAGGAGGUGGUGCUGAUCAAUGAUGGCCAUCACGGCUUGCCUCCUGUCUAACUGGAUAGGAAGCCUGGCACACGCUUGAUAUCCAGUGCCCUGGAACUGGGCACUGGCGUACACUGGUAUCACUCCAAAAGAGGUGACUCACCUGACUGACCAGCAAGAAGCCUAGAUUUUAGGCCUCACCAUGGGUGAUCUUCCUAGUUGCCUGGGGAAACCCUGGCAUGGGCGUCAGGAGAAAGCAACAGGAAUCUAGUCCUUCAUACUCACACUACUCUUCCUCUUCCCAGAGACAUCGAUUUACUUCAGAAAGCUGUGGGAAAGAUGCAGUGAGCACUGCACUGUACUUUUUAUUUAUUGCCUAAGUGCCUUUAAAGACACAAAUCUAGAAGCCAUUUUGAAUAUGGGGAUGGCGGAGUGGAGGGAACAAGUGAAGAGACGGGAAGCCACGGCUCAACACCUUCACCUGAGAUCACAAGCCCAUGGAUGCUGUGACAUCUGGGAGCUUCAUCAGGGGUCUGGCUAAAGCUGAUAACUUUCACAGUCACCAUCUUCACCUUUGCACUGGGAGGCAUCAACAUUUUUCUUCUGGCAGAUGACUGUGUUCCUUAUAGGAUGGGCAAGGUUUCAUUCAUCCGUUCUCAGUACGUUUGUUGUUGAACUGAAAUGAAUUUCAUUAUUUCCCUCACCGCGUACUUUUGUGCCCCCCUCUCACUUCUCCCUAUCAUGACCCCUCUUUUGCUGAAAAAAGUUUAUUUUUUUUAAUCUCUAGUUCUAGAAAAAUUAUUUUUUAAAUUAUAUUUUAUUAUUCACGAAAGGACUAACAAGUAAUGUGUCCGCUCAUGUGCCUACCACCCAGUUUAGGAAGCAAAACCUUAUGAUCCCUCUAGUGGUCCCUUUAUGCCCUGAAUAGCAGUCCCCUCUUCCCCCACCAGACAUAACCAGUAUUUUGAAUCUUGAACUUCUUGCUUUUAGCUUUUCUCUUUGCAUUUACUACAUAUGUAGUACCCCCACCAGUGUAUCGUUCAGUUUUACAUGGUUUUAUAUUUUAUGUAAACAGCAUUACAAUAUUUGUAUUCUGCAGAUUCCUUUCCUUA